ACCCCGGAUGCGGAAGCGUUACGGUGAGGCACGUGGGUGGAUUGGCGCGAUGGAGACAGAGCAGAAGAAGUGCGAUUCCGGCGAUCUCCCUUCGCUGCGCCGGAUCGUGUGUGAACAGGGACUGCUUUCCCGUCCUGAUGGCUCCGCUUCCUGGAUGCAGGGAGACACUUCAGUCCUGGCUGGUGUGUACGGGCCUUCAGAAGUCAAGGUCAGCAAAGAAAUCUAUGAUAAAGCCACCCUGGAAGUCAUGCUGAGGCCCAAAGUGGGCUUACCUGGUGUCUACGAAAGAAGCAGAGAGCAGAUGAUCAAGAAGACAUGCGAAGCAGUGGUUCUGGGUACCCUACAUCCCCGAUCUUCUAUCACGAUUGUGCUUCAGGUCAUUACAGAUGCUGGUUCACUUUUUGCGAGUUGCUUGAAUGCCGCCUGCAUGGGACUAAUGGAUGCAGGGCUGCCCAUGGGUUCCUUGUUCUGCGGAGUGACCUGCGCCUUGGAUGCCGAUGGCAACUUCACCCUGGACCCCACAGCAAAGCAAGAAAAGGAAGCUCAGACAGUUUUGACAUUUGCCAUUGACAGCAUUGAGAAGAAAGUGCUCAUGUCCAGCAUGAAGGGAACAUGUUCGGUGGAACAGCUCCAGCAAUGUGUUGCCGCUUCGCAGCGAGCUGCUGAUACCAUUUUCCAGUUCUACCGUGAUUCUGCUUGCAGGAAGUACUCCAAGUGGUGACUUUGCCCCAAAGUGGAAAGGAAUGGCACCUAACUUUUGAGAUAAGAAGAUGAUGCUCCAGAUGAAGGUUUUUCUUUGGUUUAUCCUUCAAUCCAAAAAGACGAGCUGCAAUUGGACUGCUGUGAAUGAAGACACUGAAGAUAGUGCUGUGGAAAGCUGGAAUUUAACCUACCCCUCACACCUAUAGGAUCAAGCACUCUAAGGUCCCAUAAGACUAACUGUUUUCUCUGAACAUAUGCAUUUUUUUCUAUCCUAAUAUAUUUUGGUGGACGUUGUACUCAUUUUUUAUUCCAGGAAAAAGUCAUUAUUGUUAUGGCUGCACAGAUUCUCACAGGAACUAUCUCAUCUCUGGCCUCGCUGUAAGUUCAGGUAUUCCUUUGUGAUCGCUUUUGCCUGAAAUAAUGAUUUUGAAGUAAUCUAAAGAA